AUGGGUGAAGAUCGAAGAUCGUCCAAGACAAUGACUAGCUCUCUCUCUUCUCGAUCGAAACCCGAAAACGAAGUUGAAGAGCAACCUAGGGCGGUGAAAGAGAGUGUCGUCGCCGAUGUGAAACAACCUAGGGCAGUUGAAGAAAGGAAAUUUCAAGUCUCCUUUCAUAACCCUCAAUUCCAAUUGCGGAGAGUUGGAAGAUGCAGGAAAGUGAAGCAAGAGCGGAAACACCGACGAGCUCUUGCGGCUCGUGCCGUGUGCCAAGGCCAAAGGUGCGUACUUGAUCUCUGUGACUUCCACGGAGUCGAAUUGCUUGAUGGGUUUGUGCGAUUUGAAUGUGUAUUUGCCUCUGGAGAGGGAAUGUUUGCCCGUUCGAUCUUUGCGCCGGUGACAUCGACUGCCAUUCAGAUGGUUUUUGGGGACACUGUGGCAAUUGCCCUGAUGGGUGCAAGGAAUUUGACUAAGGAUGAGUAUGCCGCGAAUCACCCAGCUGGGCGGAUCGGGAAGAACUUGAUUUUCAAGGUGAAGGAUGUUAUGAAAAAGCAAGAGGAACUUCCAGUCUGCAGGGAAGGAGAUUUGAUAAUGGAUCAGCUAGUAGAGCUAACCAGUAAAGGAUGCGGGUGCCUCCUUGUUAUUGAUGAUAAGUACCACCUUAUAGGAACAUUUACUGACGGUGAUCUGCGGCGCACCCUGAAAGCUAGUGGGGAGGGCAUCUUUAAACUCACAGUGGGAGAAAUGUGCAACAGGAACCCAAAGGACAAUUGGUCCCGGUGCAAUGGCAGUUGAAGCAAUGCAGAAGAUGGAAUCUCCUCCAUCCCCUGUUCAGUUCUUGCCUGUCAUCGAUAGUCAGAACAUCUUGAUUGGUAUUGUUACACUGCAUGGAUUGGUCUCAGCUGGCUUGUGAUUCCAUCCUCCAUUUUAUACAAUGGUUGAUUCUUUGUAAUUUUUUCAUAGAUCCUCCUACAAGGUGGUGUAUUUAUUCUUUAGCUUAUUAAUUCGGUACUCGUGAAGAAUGUCAAGAACUUAUUAUUUUCUUUGUUGAUGUAA